AUGUCGAUUGAACCUCAGACAAUUUCGACUUUGGGAACCACCGCAGGACUAUCAGUUGGUAAUGAGUGUAGUUGUGCUCCCCUAUUCGCUUCUUCGAGUAAAAGCGGUUAUUCUCAGCUUGAUCUUCCUCAGCCUACCUAUGAAAAUCCACCAGCGGAGUCUGUCAAGAUUUAUGUGACAACUAAUGGCGAAGCGAAAGCUGGGACAGAUAUCGACGCGUCUGUCCAAGAAUUCUCUAGUCUUAUCAAUCAGCCGACUUGGAGUGAUCCACACUCAGAAUGGCCUCAUAUUGAGAAGCUCAUUCGCGCUUGCAUCAAGUGCCAUGACCGGAAGCCGAGUUACCGUGUUGAGUCUAGCUUUGGUGGUUUCUUAUCGACGGCAGCAACUGCUGCACAAGGUACUGGGCUUGACAAGCUCAAUAGGCCUGAAACUCCAAAUCAAGUGCAGCAUGGGAUUUGUGCUUCAGACCAUAGCAUCGAUUCUCAUUGUUGCGAGUCAGAAGCAUGCGCUUAUGUCAAAGCUUUUGAGAAACACGUUCUCAGUAUGCACCCUAUAAUUCAGCCUUCGCUUUUGCAUCACUGGAUCAGAGAGUCUCUCAACCAACCCCCGAGCUUAUUCAUAUCCCUGCCAGCAUAUUCUGUGGAACCAGGUACGGCAACGUUAGAAGGAGGUAAUAAGCUGAACCAAGAGUCCAACUUAUUCCCAACUGGAUUAGCGCGAAGCUGUGAACCAGAUACGUCUAUCAGCCACGCGUUGGUUCUCAUGGUCAUGGCGUUGGGUAAAAUCUGCGCGCGGCGCGAUCAAGCCCCCGACGUACUUAAUUUUACUGAACCGCUUUCGUACGAUAGCCUAGUCUCUCAUUAUGGAGACAUUUCCCCAUCCAACAGUAAGAGUUGCCCUAUAAAUCAUCCAGACUGCUUCUGCGAACAGAACGAAAGAGCUCAUCAGUCUUCUACUGGCGGUUUCUGUUGUGGCUUGGGGUUUGAAGAACGCUCUGAGAAAACAGUUGGUUUCGAAUACUUCACCUACGCCACAAACAUAUUGAGGCGCCACCCCGACUCGACCGACAUAAACAGUGUAUAUGCUAAUAUCUUUGCUGCCCUUUACUGUAGCCAGUUGGAAAGGCCGAGGGACAGUUUGGCUUUUAUACAGAGAGCAAGCUCUAGGUUUCUAGAAACGAUGAGGAAAUUCAAGCAAAACGACGAACUCAUCCAGGAUAUAGAGCAUAACCAGCUAGCUCUCGUGUUCUGGACUUGCCUUAUGUUACAAAGUGACUUCAAAACUGAGUCGCCUUCCCCAGGGCUACUGUUGUAUGAAGAUAGUAUGCCGCACCCAAACAUGCGUCUCCUGAAUGGCUUCAGUAAGCGCGUCUGUGAUGGCUACUUAGCUCAGUUGUCUCUGCGACAACAUCUCAACGAUGUCAAUAAGAGGCUUCGCACUCUCAAUUUAUCGGCCUAUACAAGACAAGAACAGCUUGAGGAUAUUACUGAAAUGGCGAACGCUGUUUCAGGACUGCAUUGGGCCUUGCCGCACUUCGCUUAUGGAGACGACACUUGCAAUGAUAUUCUGGCAGCAAGGCUACGAGCAAAGUACUGGGGUGCCCAAGUUAUCAUCUAUCGGCCAUUUGUUCGACAAGUUCUUUUCUCCUCAGGGUUAGGAGGAAAUCAGGCCGAAAGAAUUGCGAAUAUUGAUCCUCAGAUUAUCCAGUUAGCCAGAAACGGUAUUCAUUCACUCAGCGAGAGCCUGCAAGCCUUCGACGGCCUGGAAGACAGGAUGUUCAUUACCACUAAUAUUUCCUGCUUGGCCUCUGCGUAA